AUGAUCCUACUGUCAGUUCGCAAUUCUGCCACUCUGGCCUGGGAUGUGGUAAUGUUCUUACGACCCUUCAUCCUGAGCCUUUUGGCGCUAUAUUGCAGAAGUGGGACGGUUUUGUGUGGCAUGGCCGGACACUUCUUUUGGGAGUUUUUUUCUGAAAUAGGCUCCGUUACCGGACUGCUCGAGGCAGCAAACUUUAGGAAAAGCCCAGUAUGCUGCCUGACCCUUGAGGACGUCUAA